CGACUAUCCGAUGCCGGUGCACAUCGACAUGCACCACUGCAUGUCGGAGAACGUCAAAUUCUUCCAGCAGGUGUGGGCCGAGACCAUGUGGCUGUUCGCGCAGGAGGACUUGGACGGUAACGUGAUCGACAACAUCAGCGGCUCUCAGAAGAAGGCCCAGUUCGGCACCACCGUCGCCUUCUCCAUGAUGCAGCUGCCGGCCGCGCUCAAGCAGUGCAACCUCGGCUCGGACGAGCAGGACGUGCUGAUGGACGCCAUCAAGGCCAUGGGCAAGGGCACCAGCUUCAAGUUCACCUGGCCGGACGGCUCCAUUGACAAAGACGAGGUCGCCAACAAGAUGGCGGAUUCUGUGAAGGCGUGGUCGGAGCUGGACUAUCACACGAUCGGCAAGAAGCUCGGCAGACUGCUGCAGGAAUUCGCGGUGAAGGCCUACCCUCAGAAGUACGCCAUGGAUGGUGAUCUGCUGAGGCAGCUGAAGCCGAAGCUGAAGG